AUGAAUUCUACAAAAACAUCAACUACAAAAUCAACUAGCAAACCUAACGGACCAAUUAAUGAAUAUAUAACUACCACUACUGUGAUAACAAACGAACCAACUUCAACUACUAGAAUGGCUACAACAACAGUUUCGACUACUUCUACUUCUGCACCACAAGUUACUCCACGUGCUACUUUUAGAGAUUUAUGUUCACUUUUUUGUUGCCCUCCAUUUCCUUCUUCUAUUGUUGCUAAAUUGGCUUUUAUGCCACCUGAACCUAGUUAUCGGAUUUUGACUAGCGAUACUGGAAGGUUUGUUCUUUUGCUUUUUUAUUUUUUAAUUUCUUUUGGGGGCUUCUAA